UGGGCUUACAUGCAUCACAGAGAAGAUAGAACUUUGAGAGGUGUGUUGUUCCCUGGUCUUCUUCAUCAGAGUCUAACUCUGAGCAGGACUUCUCAUGGCUGGGAACAACAUUAUGGAGCCAAUGAUUAACCUGCUCUUUCUGCUCAGCACAGCCCUACACACAGAAACCAAUGGAGGAGGUGGAUACUUUGGCAUCUGCACAAAGACUUGGACGUCAGAGACUAUCCAGGACCAUAACAGAUGACAUGAAGUCUCAGCAUCGUGUGGAAGUCCGGGACCAUCUGAACGGCUCUUGUAUCGUCUUCUCUGAUGAUGGUCCCUCCUCCAGUCAGCAGCAUCACCUGUCCCCUCCAGACCUGACCCAGGAGGUGGUGGUCAUCUCCCCGGGGCUCCCCACCCCCCCUCUCAGCCCCUUCCGUUCCACAAGACUGCCACCUGUGGAGCAAAUUAAGGUCUCAGAGGUCAAUGGGAGUGGCCCUCUUASUGACCCCCUUCGUUUUGGAUCAUACUACGGCCCUGCUCAAUCAAAUGGGGGUCUGUCUAAUGGAGUCCAGACCAGGGGCUCUUCCACUCUGCCGCGGAGGGCUGCUACGAGGGAGGAGCGCCUUAUCAAAUUCUCUGGGAUCGGCCCAGUGGAUGAGACAGGGAUGCCCAUCGCCUCCAGAUCAAGUGUGAACCAGCCCAAAGACUGGUACAGGAGCAUGUUCAGACAGAUCCACAAGAAGCCAGAAGAAACUGACGAGGACUCUGAGCGAUGGUCUGCUGAAAGGAGCCGGGCCCUCGCUGCUGACUCAGCCAGUGGGCAGGAGACUCUGACCCAUAUGGACAAUUAUGGAGCCCUCCCUGACUGGAGUGAGCUGGGGGUUAAAGAUAAGCUUUCAGACCGAUGGGGGCACCCUCCACAGCCCAGGAGCAUAUUUGACUUUGAGCCUGGACAGAGCACCACAUCAGAGGUCCAGAGUCAGCCUCAGGGUCAGCCAGGGCAGAAGCCCCAGCCGCCUCCACUACAGCCGUCCCAGCAGCCGCCCCAGCACAGACCUACAGAGGAACCCUGGUCCCCCAUAGAGAAGCCGUCUAAGCCAUCCGCCUUCGAGGAGUCUCUGCUCUCUGAGCUGAGCUGUUUUGAGGCUGAGCUGGACUCGGACAUCCAGGGUCUGGAGAGAAGACUUUCCCAGAAGAAGCAGACACGACGAGGCCGGGGUGAGGGUGCCAGGAAUGCUGAUCCAGGAACUGCUGCAGGGACAGGGACAACAUGGGACAACAGCUCCUUGACUGAUGCAAAGCAACCUCMCCAUCAUCCCAUUGUCCCCACAUCAGCUGUUGCUCAGAGGGCAGCCCUCAGUCCCACACAUGUAGAACACCUCUCCCCUGCACCUGAAGCCAUGGAGUUCCCACCCAAGAGAUUGGAGAAGCAGAUGAAAGCAGCACGAGCCAAGUUCACUUUCCAGGCUCAGUCACCCAAGGAACUGUCUCUACAGAAGGGGGACAUAGUUUACAUCCACAGGCAGGUAGACACCAACUGGUUUGAAGGAGAGCAUCAUGGGAGAGCCGGUAUCUUCCCCACAACCUAUGUGGAGAUUGUUCCUCCUACAGAGAAGCCCACGCCCAUCAAGUCUCCAACCAUCCAGGUGCUGGACUAUGGAGAGGCAGUGGCUCUGUUCUCCUUCAAUGCAGACCUGCCUGUUGAGCUGUCCUUCCGCAAAGGCGAGGUGAUCUGUGUGACCAGGCGUGUGGAUGACAGGUGGCUGGAGGGCCGGAUCCCAGGGACCAGCCGGAGUGGCAUCUUCCCCACCAACUACGUCCAGGUUAACAAGUUACCCCGCACCAAAUCAUCCUCUGAUGACUACCCUGCAUGCCCCAUGUCACCCACAUCCCCAGAGCCAAUGAGUCCAGGACGCCCUCUACACUCACCUUGUUCGCCUUUGACCCGCUCGCCUCUGAGUCUGACCCCCUUGUCCCGCAGCCCCGAACCAGGAUAUCCCCCCCUGAAGCCGUCCUCACCCAUACCCCAUGGGACUGUAGCUUCCCAUUCACGUUCAUCCCCCCAGCCCACACUAUCCAAAAAAGCACCCAAUCCCUGGCCACACCCCGCUUCUGGGCCUGCAUUCCCCACCACCCAGAACAACCACUGGGGAGGAGCACAUCCGGCUUUGCACAACUCCAUUGGCAGAGCUGUUUCACCAUCCAAUCAGAUAUCACCAUCUGCCCACAGGGGAGGAGCAGCCCCGACCAAUAUCCCCAAGCCACAAACGACCAACAAUGCUGGCUCAACAGUGAUGCAGCACCAACCAUACAAAGCAGUUUACAACUACAAACCACAGAACAAAGAUGAGCUGGAACUGAGAGAGGGGGACAUAGUACAAGUGAUGGAGAAGUGUGAUGAUGGCUGGUUUGUAGGUAUGUCAAAAAGGACACAUGCCUUUGGGACUUUCCCAGGGAACUAUGUGACACCAGCGUAACUGCUUCACUCUGCCUGUCCACUUCACAACCACUUGGGUGCUGGACAUAUUUAGACCAGCUUGCUUUAACCAGCACAUCAAAUCACUCCAGCAGCCAUAUGAUCAACCCCUGACCCCAACACUCCCUGUCCUCCCCCUUUCACCAACCUGGUUAAGUCAGGUCUGCAUGUUCACGUCAGCCAGUGACCACAGCUGUUGGCCAGUGUGGCGAUGGAGGCAGGAAGACCGUGUUGUUUUGACACCUCACCCCCAGCAUGUGUGUUUCAUCACUGAAUAGACUUCGGAUAGAAUGAAUGCUGAUGAUGAUACUGUUCCAGGUGUAAAGAAAUAACUUUGUCCUCAUUGACUACAAUCAUUUAUUAUGGCGACAACUCAAAUGACAUUCCUUCAGUACAUUUAAGCUACUGCUUUUAUACAGCAAUGGACCUCCUGCUAUCCUCUUACGGAGUGUUCUCCUUAGCACGCACCUGCUCCUCUUUCUGUCACCCAAGUGCCAUCACAGACGCAAAUGCCAGAGAAUAUCAUUAGUCUGAUGUUCUCUAUAACGUAAUGACAGCAUGAAUGUUGCCUUUGAAAUGUCUUCCUCCACUUUGAUUUCAGAUCUAUAAAAACGUCCUGUGUGUGUCCAAGGCUCCACCACAACCCUGAUAUGACCGUCCAAUAUUCAUGAAGGGAUCACUUACUCUAUUGUUUUGAACAAUGCCAUAAAAUAUUUGUUACUUAGUUCUGUUAAAAACAAUUGUUAAAGCCUGUAUAAGUACUGUAUGCAGCAGAGCAAACAAUGUAUUCAUGUCCUUCAGUGUGUUAUUGUUAGCUACUUAAAUGAUUCAGCCAUUUGUGCAGUUUGUAUUUCUGUUGAGAACAGGAAGUGUUGAGUGUCAAAGUGGAAGUUGAAUAAAAUGGAAGAGAAGAGGAGGUAUCUUUAUAAAAUCUGUUGACAUAACCCCCAAAUGAAUGCAACAUGGAAAGUCUUGACAAAACAGAAGUGGAGCUACAUGGAAAGUCUUGACAAAACAGAAGUGGAGCUACAUGGAAAGUCUUGACAAAACAGAAGUGGAGCUACAUGGAAAGUCUCGACAAAACAGAAGUGGAGCUACAUGGAAAGUCUCGCCCACAACAGAAGUGGAGCUACAUGGAAAGUCUUGCCAAAACAGAAGUGGAGCUACAUGGAAAGUCUUGACAAAACAGAAGUGGAGCUACAUCAAUUGUAUCAAUUCAGUGGAACUUCUGCCAUUUCUAGGCCAUGACCCAUGGGAUAACAAAAAGAGAUGCCUCAAUUUGCUUCACUUUGGAGCACAGAUCUUUUCUAAAACAAGAAUCCUACAAUAUCAAACCCACAAUGGUGUUCAAACAUUUCUGAAGGACAACAGUAAAAUGGACCCGUAGAUUGAUUCCUAGGGCUACUGUACAUUUGAUUUGGUAGUUCAUUUCCACUGAAAACUGUUUCUAUAAUCUGCCACUUUGCAAAUUAACAAACUUGCUUUUACAUAUAAAUUAAAAGAGCUAAUCUGAGGUGUGCAUACAGUACAAGUGUAACCAAUGGAAAAUAUAAUAUGGUAAGCAAUUAAGCAGUCCUUUCAUUUAUGAACUUUUACAAACCCCUAUUAUGAUGUUGCCAACUGCAAUAUUGCUCUACUUUGUUCAUUCUUACCAUUGUAAAACUGCAACAUACCUUUUCUAGCAACAAAAUGUACAGGGUUUUAACUAUGUAUCAGAUAAAUAUAAUAUAUUUCCUUUAAUACCAAGCAAUUUUCAUUAUCUAUGAUACACACUAUGUAGUUCAAAUAAACCAUACAGAAUGAUGAUAAAACUG